UCGGCGGAGCCGUUACAAGUGGACUAACCCACGGGGUUAAAGACGGAAAACACGCCCGGAAGCAUGACCGAGUCCUGGCUGUGACCGAAUGCUGGACUCUGCGGGCAUCCAUGGUCUUUUUCCCGGGGAUGCAAGCUGAGGCGCAGCGCGUCGGGCCGGGACAGCUGCUCGAGAUGUUUGACUCUUCGUGGAGGGUUCGGAGCAUUUGGGACGCCGUGAGGCUGGAGGUGUCCGAGGAAAGCAGCCCGGUGGUCCUUCACAGCUUCACCCACCUGGACCCGGACCUGCCGCUGCUGGAGAGCUCGACGCAGGAGAUCGGCGAGGAGGCCGAGGAGGACGCCAUCUUCACCAUCACGCUGCGAAAGGUGCAGCUGCACCAGUCAGCCAGUAAGGGGCAGCGAUGGCUGGGCGUGGAGACGGACUCGGCGCUGAGCCUCUACGAGACCUGCAAGGUGCGGACCAUCAAGGCCGGCACGCUGGAGAGGCUGGUGGAGUACAUGGUGUCAGCCUUCCGGGGCAAAGACUCCACCUACGUCACCAUCUUCCUCUGCACCUACCGCUCCUUUGCCACCACCAAGCAAGUGCUAGACCUCCUGCUGAACAGGUAUGCCAAGCUCCAAAACGUGCCUGCAGCCACUGCACACAGAGUCUCCCAGGACGACUGCACUGAGCUGAGAAACACUGUUUCGUCCAUCCUGGGUGCGUGGCUCGAUCAGUACUCCGAGGACUUCUGGAGCCCUCCCAACUACGACUGUCUGCACCAGCUCCUGUCUUACCUCCACCUGCACUUCCCCGGCUCGGACCUGGAGCGCCGCGCUCGCAACCUGCUGGCCCACUUCCACCGCCGACAGCAGUGUGAGCCCGAUCCCGAUGGUAUGAAGGCAGGACAGGAGAGGGACAACCUGUCAGGGACGCCACUCAAUGCUGAAGUCCAAUGGGAGGACAUCGGUUGCCCUUUCGCUACUCAGGAAGAGAGCGGCUUUGAGGACGAGCUUCCUGCUUUCAGCUUCCUGUCCUUUGACCCCAUCAUGGUGGCAGAACAGUUCACGCUCAUGGAUGCGGAUCUGUUUAAGAAGGUGGUGCCGUACCACUGCCUGGGGGGGAUCUGGUCUCAGCGGGACAAGAAGGGGAAGGAGCACCUGGCUCCCACCAUCAGAGCCACAGUGGCCCAGUUUAACUCUGUCACCAACUGUGUCAUCACCACCUGCCUGAGCAACCCGACACUGAAGCCCAAUCAGAGAGCCCGGUUGCUAGAGCGCUGGAUCGACGUGGCCCGGGAGUGCCGGAUCCUGAAGAACUUCUCCUCGCUGCGAGCCAUCCUCUCCGCCCUGCAGUGCAACGCCAUCCACCGCCUGAAGAGAACCUGGGAGGAAGUAUCUCGGGAGAGUUUCCGAACCUUUCGCGAGCUUUCUGAGAUCUUUUCAGAUGACAAUAACUACUCGCUCAGCCGAGAGUUGCUGGUUAAGGAGGGCACAUCCAAGUUUGCCACUUUAGAAAUCAACCCUAAACGAGCACAGAGGAGACACCAGCAGCAGAGAGAUCUGGGGGUGAUGCAGGGGACGAUUCCAUACCUGGGAACCUUCCUGACAGACUUGGUGAUGAUGGACACGGCCAUGAAGGAUUACACAGAGGGUGGUCUGAUCAACUUUGAGAAGAGAAGAAAGGAAUUUGAGGUGAUCGCUCAGAUCAAGUUGCUCCAGUUGGCCUCCAACAACUACAGCUUCACUCAGGACAGCCACUUCAGGGAAUGGUUCGCAGGCGUGGAGAAACUCAGCGAGGCAGAGAGCUACAAUCUGUCUUGUGAGAUCGAACCUUUGUCGGAGUCUGCGAGUAACACGCUGAGAGCAAAGAAAAAUGGAGGCAUCAUGAAACGCUGGAGCGACCGCCAGCUCUCGGAGGCCAGCUGCAGCAGCGCCGCUGGCUCUCAUUCCAAGUCCUUUGACCACUCCCACUAUAGGCCGUAUCAAGGUGGAGGAGGAGGGGGCAGUGGCGGCGGGGACAGCGGCGAUGCUCUCAGCGUCACGUCCGUCAGUUCUAGUGGUUCAGACCUGGAGGAUGUGAACGCCAGCUUCCUGUCAGACUCCCCCGAAGGCCACGAGAGGAAGACAUCGACGCCGUCAGUGAAACUUUCUGUCUCUGCUUUGGGGAGAGAAGCUCCAGCAGCAGAUACGACCUCAACGUUCUGGGAGUGUACAUCGCUGUCGUCGUUGGACACUUCGGGCAUGGGCUCCGGUUCGGGUUCAGGCUCCAGCAGUGCCUCCUCCUCCUCCGUCUCCUCCUCCACCCCUCUGUCGGCGUCACGCUCCCACAAGCGUUCUGUGUCGGCGGUAUCGAACUACUCCACGUUGUCGCUGCCGCUGUACAACCAACAGGUGGAUGACUGCUGCAUCAUCCGGGUCAGCCUGGACGUGGAGAACGGAAACAUGUACAAGAGCAUUCUGGUGACGAGUCAAGAUAAAACUCCUGCAGUCAUCAGGAAGGCCAUGAUCAAACACAACCUGGAGCGGGAGAAGACAGAGGACUAUGAACUGAUGCAAAAGAUCUCAGAAGACAAAGAGUUGCGGAUUCCAGACAACGCCAACGUCUUCUAUGCCAUGAACUCCACUGCCAACUACAACUUUGUGCUGAAAAAGCGCGGCUUGGCGCGACCGGUCCGCACCAAGAACGUGGCCAGUUCAACGCUGCCUCGCAUGAAGCAGAAAGGACUGAAAAUUGCCAAAGGCAUUUUCUGAGGAGCAGCGUGUCGGUUUUUCCCGUCUUUGUCUCCUCCCACCGCCGGCCGUCGUCUCCUCGCUGCAGACAUUUCUGCUGGAGACCGUCUGAGUCUGACUGACCUGAAGCAUCUGAACAAAAAAAUCUUAGAGAUUUUUAAAAAAUGACCAACUAAACAUUUCUGUGGAGCACCUUUGCACUUAGAACAAGCUGCGAACUAGAAACAGUUAAACAAGCGGACAGCAGGUUCAGCUCACCAGAACAAAGGGACAAACGGAAGAGCUGCACCGCAGAGUCGCCGGGCUCAGUAGCUCGUUUGGUUUAACUUUCCACGUGCACCGCGGUUAUCUUUUCCACCUUUUUGUUUACAUCUUAAAAAAAACACUCAAAAGAUAUUUUCUGCACUGUUCCAGGUUUUAAAUCCUCUGAUUUCAGCCUUGACCUCUCUGCUGCCUUUUUAGUUUCCUGCGCCCCCUGCUUGCUCAGAGUGCACUUACACCGGACAGUAUGAAGGCGAAUGCACACAGUUUGUUCACGGCCACAUGCACUGAAACACGUUUCUGUGGUUUUUCAGGGAAGCUCCACUUUGUUGUGCGGGUAGCGGCACCUUUAACCAUCUCAACCAGCCGUGUUUUUGGACGCGCAGCACGGAACUUUGAGCAUCAGUUAGGGAUUCAUGAUGCCGACAUGCAGAGAAGCUGAUGCGCAAAACGGACCGAAGUCUUAAAGAAUGAACGCUGCCAUGUUUGGGGGGGAAACAAAUCAGGUCUUCUGUGGGUUUUUGUGAAGAAAUGGACACACAGUGUCAGAAUCCCGUCUGCACAGCCAUAAAUCACACACCACUUUUUUUUUUUUAUUUAUAGAAUCAUAACCACUACACGGUGUCAGCCCUUCGAUGGCAAGCGACUGGGAGAGAAAAAGAUCCGUGAAGGAGAAUAAGUGGGGAAAAAAAAAACAAAAAACUGUGUAUAUAGUGAGUUAACGGCAACUUUGCAGGAUGUUUUGCAUCACAACAUGAGCUUUUGUUCAGUGGCUCGUCAGUAUAUAUCAUCUUCUUUUUGUACAUUUUAUUGCAACUCUUUGCUCUGAAUAUGGUGCUGCUAAUUAUCUUUCUGACCCUUUCCUACAAGCUGCACUUCUUUGUCUUACCGUCUCUGCUUCCCUGAUGCCAGCCAGCCAGCCAGCCAGUCACCGGCGUUGAGAAAUUACCAAAAAAAAAAAAAAAACUUGCCACGUUUGCUGUUUAUCUUUCAAAGCAGCUGCCAGGGUGAAACCAAAACACAUCUUCAUACUAUACAGAAGGUUUUGAUCAUGAAAAUAAAAUAUCAUAUUUGAAUAUUUUUAUGGUGGGGGGGAUGUUAAAUACUCAAAUGUUUCAACUUAAAGAUGGUGCAGGAAAAAACCUUAAACAGAUAAGUGAAUAUAUUUUGUUAGUGUGAUAACUGUACUUUAUAUAUAUAUAUGAACACAAGUACUAAAAGCACUUGCUUCAGUCCAACAAUAGGUAGUUGCAUCAGAAAAUGUCUUGCAAAUUAAAAAAUUAAUGCUUGUAAACACAGAAUACAAACCACCUACAGCAGCAGUUUUAAUUUGAUAAUACGUCUGCUGCAACUUCACACAGUGCUUCCUAAAACACUGAUGUGUUUCAAAGCUACACAACUGAAGUACUAACAAGACAAAAACAAGUUUUUGCCCAGAGGACUUUUACUGACCUCCACUGUUCAGUGCAUUGCAAAUAAAAUCUAAAAAGAUCACAUCUUAAAUAUUUAAAUCAUCAAUAAAUAAUAAAUAAACUUACUGUCCUCUGCCAACCAGGUAGCGAUAAAAAGCAAAGCGCUGCAACUCCCUGAAUGGUCCAUCAGUAGAGGUCCUCCAAGCAGAAACUUCUUUUUGUGUUGUUAGUACUUCUGUUGUGUUGUUGAGCUUUGAAAAAUGUUUGUGUUUGGAUGUCAAACCCUCAGCCAAAUCUCUUCCCUGUUCUGAGUUCUUAAGACAGUUCUGCAAGCGGCUCCAUCGUGAAUCCAUAAUUACAUAAAAUUGCUGCAGGUGCGCUAGAAAUGAUCUUUAAGUGGCUACAAUUAAAAAGGAAAAAAAAAAUCUGGCACUCAGACCCAGGUGUUGUGCAGAACUGGGUCGCGGUGACAUUGUGCCCAUCGAAUUAUCACAUCUGUCAUACAGAGAUUUUAUGAUGACAGGAAGCUCCGACAUUAUCGUCUUCCUGCUUUUGAGGCAGAAUGACAAUAAAUGAAUUAAAUGUCAGACACUUAACUAUGUGCAACAAUGUGAAAAUGUUCUUGUUUGAUGUUACAAAUCUGGGACUCCGAUUGUCGUUUCCAUGCCAACAAACACGUGUUUCGGUUUCACCUUGGAUUUCACCGUUGCGUCAGAAGAAGUAACAGCAAACUGGGCUUUAGGUGUCAUUUUUCAUGCAUAGCAGCUUCUUUGCCUUCUCCAAAAUUGUAGGCACUGCCGACCAUCCCGACGAAGGUGCUUCAAGCUGAUUGAUCCAGCGCGUGUUUUGAGGUGGCGUCGGCUGCGGUUUGCAUGUCGCUGGUGACGGCACAGAUUUUUGUUUUUCUUCUGAGAUUUUUAUUCACCUCAUAAACAUGGAAGAUAACUAAAAAUAAAUAAAAAAUAAAGAAGUUUCCUGGUGAGCGCGAGAAGCUGCAAACAAGCUGGAGCGUGAUUUAUCUCUUCGCACAAGAAGCCUGUCGUUAUUGUGGAACCAGAAGGAGUUCCCAGUGUUCUCCAAGCAGGGACUGGUUCAGACAUAAUCCAAAAUAAAUCUGAGGAUAAUUAGACCUGAAGAAACAGAUCCGUUUCCUGUCUGCUGCACACCACCGUCAAUGUAGCAUCAGUUGUUGAAAGUGUUAAUUUUUUUCCAACACACAAAAAUAAUUUUAAUGAUUUGUUUGGGAGAAAGAAAACACUAUCGGGAUCCAAUUGACUAUUAAAUGUCAACUUGAGACCCGACGACCCUGAAUGCAGUUUGGAUCCAGAUCCUGAGUCCAAGAAACUGCCAGAAUCUAAGAUCAGUAGCUUCUCGCACUCGUCUAAGCUGGUGUGUAAGAAAACCAAAAAGUAAUAUUUGCUUACACCACUUCAGAACCUAAAAAUUAUUCAAAAAAGAAGAAGAAGAAAAAUUCCAGGGGAGUUGUAUUCGGGAAAAUCCAAGAUGAUGGAAUGUAAAACGCUGCUGUUUUCUUUCAGCUGUAACAUCAGUUAAACAGAAAACACGAUUUUCCGUGUGUGUUCCGUUUGCAUAAAAGCAGCGAGUGGCCUUGAGAUGCUUCAAACUUGUAAUAUUGCUUCAUAAAAUUUUUUGAUUUUCUUUUGAGGGCUGUUGUUGAAAGCAUUCUGGGAAAAUUGGAAAACAAAAGGAAAACAUUUAUUAAUAUCACUUGAAGUUUUUUUUCCCAGAUCAGUGUUAAAACACUACAUUUGCCUGAUUUGCACCAUAGCCAUGUUUUGCCUUUUUUUUUUUUUUUUUUUUUUUUUUUUUUGCACAAAGUUCACAGUUUUCACAUUUUAACGAUCAAACAAACGAGCCAUCGUGAUUGGACCAGAAAAGCCAGUGGAAUUAAUAUUGUGAUGAGUGUCAGGGUAGGGUCACUGGCGCGGUACCCUCUUGUUGCCGUCGUGGUUUGUGCCGAUGUGACAUGUUUUGAAUCCUAUUGAACACUGUGACCUUUCGACCCUUCACUCUGCCCCCUGCCUGCCGUUGUGGAUCGGCGCAUCAUGUUGAGCACUGUGAAGUAAAAUCUGUUUUGUCAGCCUGACCGUCACUUGCGUUGACGCUCGCCUGCAGGUUUUAAACGUGCCAAAAAUAGUGCAGAGCUUGUGUCGCUUUUAGUGGACGAUUCUUCUGCUUUUCAUAUUGGAGGAAAAAAAAAUCAGUUUGUAUGUUUACCGUUGCCUUUUUUUUUUUUUUUUUUUUUUUCUGUCUGGAACACGAUUCAAACUGUCUGGACCUGAUGACACUGAGGCAGGAAUUGGACUCUCACAGAAACUUGACGCAAACAUCAUGAGUUUAUCCUCCUUCCUUCUGGUAUUCAGACUUCUGUCAGUCCCAAAACCGCUGGCAAAAUGAGCAAAUGUUUAAAACUGGACUGUUUGCCGCAGACACUAGCCUCACUCAGCUUUUUAUUCCAAACAAACUCAAAUGUGGCGAUUUAUUGUUGCCAUCAGCUGUGUCAUAAAAUGCUCAGAGGUUUUCUCAGAACCCAAAACAGCUUCAGAUUUUUCAUCCAAAACCCAAAAAUGGCCAGCUGGUUUUUGCUAAAAUCACUUGCAUUUAACUUGGUAAAACUAGUUUUCCAAGUAGCUUUUGGCUUUGUAAACCAAUUUAAAACUAGCUGACUUAAGGCAGUUUAAAACAUCUUGAAAGCAUCAUAAACCUGAUUAUUUAACCCAAAUAAUACCAAUUUUAAACAGUUUAUCUUUAAAGUGACUUGAAAACAUAUUAAACCUGAUUGUUUAAACCAGAUAAUGUCUAUUUUAAACCAUUUAAUCAUUUGUUUAGACCUGUUUCUAAGUUAGAAAUGAGAUCAUGGUUAUGUCACUGCAGCUUCAAACUAAUUUCAAACUUCAACUUCAAACAGCUUCAAACAAACAUUGUUUAAAGAGGUUUAAAAGAUCUUUAAAGUGGCUUGAAAGUACCUUAAACCAGAUUUUUUUUAAACCAGAUAAAAUCCAUUUUAAACAAUUUAAUCACUUGUUUAGAUCUGUUUCUAAGUUUAAAAUGAAUUCACAUCACUGCUGCUUAAAACAAACUGAAAGCAACUUAAGUUGCUUAAAGCAGUUUAACAGCGGCUUAAAAACCUUCAACACCUUCAACCUGUUUGCUAUUUAAUCAUAUAAUAUUCAUUUUAAAUUCUUUAAUCACUUUAGAUCUGUUUAUUGUAGCUUGAAACUCACUGAAAGCAACUUAAGUUCUGUCUCAAUUUAAAAUCAAUUAAACUUGCCACAAAACUCGAGAGAAAAUCCUUAUUUGAAUUGACUCAAGUCCAAAUUCAUCACACUUUCCUCUUUAUCAAUAACUAUAAAUGAUUAAUCAUUUAAGCAUUUGAUGCCAAAAUGGCAAAGUUGUUUUUUUUUUUUUUUAAAAGAACCAGUUUUGGUAACUUUAAUGUAACUCAGCAUAUUUACAGGAAAAAUAAGACGUUCUUAUGCAAUGUCGUAAUCACUGAGGCUGUGCUGGGUUUCUAAAUGUCAUCAUAAAAUGCUUUUCACAAUUACCCAGAAUUCAGGAUGAUUUCAGUUUAUGUGCCCCCCCCCCCCAAUGUUCCAUUAAUAGGAUGUUUUUUUUUAAUUAAAAAGCAGAAAAUUCUAACAUUUGAGAAUAGUCUCUGAGCUUUAAAUAGAGCAGCACUCGGAGUGUGUGAUUCGGCUGAGCUCUGAGUCUGUCAGCAGGAUAUCAGAUGAGCUUCAUCAAAAUGUAAACAAUUCUUCUCUGACCACCCCCCCCCCCCCCCCAAAAAAAACAGCUCUCCAUAAAAUUGUAUUUAAAAUUUGUGCAACUCUUGGAGAUAAAAUAAAAAUGUAAAAUGCUGCAGCAAAAACAAAAUAUCAUUUUCAUGUUAACUUCUGUAGGAGCUCAGUUAUUUUGCUUGUUACAACUUGAAUUCAAAUUUUGUAGCAUUUGUUUGGAAUUAAAAAGUUUUAAUUUCAAGCUGUGGAUACUUUGGCAAGUCCGUCAUCCAUCCCACGUGUUUCGGUGUCGUGAGGGUGGGGCCAAGCUGCUGCAUUUGAGGAUGCUGACUUUUCAUCCAUUCAGAAGUUGAAACUCGUGGCUUUUGUGACUGACAGAAGCGUCUAUGCUGAUUACGCUGGUCUGUGUCGAUGCAGCUCAGCUGUAUUUGAUCAGAUUCAAAAGUUUACGAAAACUGAACUAAACUGGGGGGCUGACUUGUCGUUUGGUUUGCCUGAACUGUGCUCGGGUGCCAUUUCCAUUUUAAGAUAAACUUCAUAACAUUUUCUAACUGUAGUUUCUCUUAGUUUUACUUUCCCCAAAAACAUAGACCUUCUGUAGGAUACAAACCCUUCUUGACUUUAUUUAUUGAUUUGUAUAUAAAGAGUUUGUUUUGCAUUGUACAUUCUUUCCUUUCUUGAUUAUAGAUUAAUAUAUUCAUGUAUAUAUGAAUAAACAUUAAGUUUCUAAAAGUAAAAA